CCAGUCUGCUGGAUGGACGCAGUUUCUCGAGUGGAUCCAAGAUUAUUGUAAAACUUUAUCUAAAACUCUUAGGCACUUUAACCAUUGAAAAUACCAAUAGGGCAGUCCUUAGUGGCAGAACCCUCUUCAAUGGUGCACGGCUUAACAGCAGCAACUGUUAAAGGUUAAAGAAGAGCAACCGCUUUAGGGAAAUAUUACAGAGUUGAUGCAAAUGGAUCAUACGUACGGUGAGGUGAACCAGCUCGGCGGAGUGUUUGUCAAUGGUCGGCCCCUUCCUAAUGCGAUUCGGAUCCGAAUUGUGGAACUAGCGCAGCUUGGAAUCAGACCAUGUGACAUAAGUCGACAGCUCCGUGUCUCUCAUGGGUGUGUGAGCAAAAUUCUGGCCCGAUACAACGAGACCGGCUCCAUUUUACCCGGUGCUAUUGGCGGGAGUAAACCCCGGGUCACGACACCAAACGUGGUGAAGAGUAUACGGGAUUAUAAACAAGGAGAUCCUGGAAUAUUUGCCUGGGAAAUACGCGACCGACUGUUGGCUGAUGGAGUGUGUGACAAAUACAAUGUUCCAUCUGUCAGCUCCAUCAGUCGCAUUUUAAGAAACAAGAUUGGGAACCUGUCACAGCCGAGCCAGUUUGACAGCGGCAAACUCUCUCCUCCACUCUCCUACAAUCCUAUGUAUCCAUAUUCCUACCCGAGCGCCAUGUCCCCGACCGGGUCCAAAUUGGGCAGUCCCCCUGCUGUGUCUGUCAGUCUGUCCCGGGCAUGGCCCUCCGUCCACACCGUCAGCAACAUAUUAGGAAUACGGGCUUUCAUGGAUCCCGCAGCCAUUGCUGGAACCGAGAGUUACCAGCCAAAAAUGGAGGACUGGACGUGCGUUAACAGAUCUUCAUUCCCUUCCGUCCACGGAGUCAACGGGAUAGAUAAAUCACCGAUAGAAACCGACAUAAAGUACACCCAGGCUUCAUCAAAUUUAUCCGGUUAUGUUCCUGCAUGUGCUUACUCCACCGCCAAUCAGUACGGUGUUUACGGUGGACAUGCCGGUAAUUAUGAGCAUCACUGGCAGUCUCAGGGCACGAGUCUUGCCCAUCCGAACACGGGAACCAUGAUACACAGCCAGAACCUUCACAGCGCUAUAUCUUUCAAACAUCCAUCCCGAGAAGCUGUAGCCAGAAAGAGUCCUCUGAGCAAACAUCAGCAAGAGUGUCUGAGAGGUGUUCAUGGACUCUCGCUUCCUACCUCAGAGUCCUAAUAACACAAAGACUACUGGAGAAAAAGGUUUGACCAUCUUUCGUUCACGUGCAGCUUCAAGGACUCGUACUGAUAACAUGUACCCAAAUGUUUCACACCAUUAUAGAAAUGUGGGACCUGAAGCUGUGGAGAACCACAUGGAAUUUCUGCAAUAUUUGCAGUAGAUUUUUCUUGAUUUUUUCUUAUUAAUAUUUUGUUUUUGCAGAUUAAUUUACUGUAAGACUUAUUUUAAACGGACUGCAUUUUUCUUUUUACUAUUCUCUUGAGAGGAUUGUUUAGACAGCAUUGUUUAGACCAAUUCGCCACAACUGAAAAUGUUAUUUGUCGUGUAAUUACAUUUACGUCUCUGAUAAUGCUGAAAGACAAUGCAAUAUAUACAUAUCUAUUUUUGUAAUUCGAUUUCUGCUUAAUAAAGGCAUG